AAGCCAUCGCAGUCCUCACCUCGGGGGGGGACGCCCAGGGCAUGAACGCAGCAGUCAGAGCCGUGGUGAGGGUUGGCAUCUACACAGGUGCCAAGGUCUACUUUGUGCAUGAGGGCUACCAAGGGUUGGUGGAUGGUGGAGACAACAUCAAGGAGGCCACCUGGGAGAGUGUCUCCAUGAUGCUGCAGUUGGGUGGCACCGUCAUCGGCAGCGCUCGCUGCCAGGACUUCCGGACGCGCCAGGGCCGCCUGAAGGCCGCCCAGAACCUGGUGAAGCGCAGGAUCACAAACCUCUGCGUCAUCGGCGGCGACGGCAGCCUCACCGGCGCCGACACCUUCCGCGCCGAGUGGAGCAGCCUCCUGGCUGAGCUGCUCAAGGCGGGUGGCAUCACAGCAGAGGAGGCAAAGCUCUCCAGCUACCUGAACAUCGUGGGCAUGGUUGGCUCCAUCGACAACGACUUCUGCGGCACCGACAUGACCAUUGGCACCGACUCUGCCCUGCACCGCAUCAUGGAGAUCGUGGAUGCCAUCACCACCACGGCACAGAGCCACCAGAGGACCUUCGUGCUGGAGGUGAUGGGGAGGCACUGCGGCUACCUGGCACUCAUCACCGCCCUGGCCUGCGGCGCCGAUUGGGUCUUCAUCCCCGAGUCGCCUCCCGAGGACAAUUGGGAAGAUCACCUCUGCCGCAGGCUGACCGAGACCCGCGUGGGGGGGUCCAGGCUGAACAUCAUCAUCGUGGCCGAAGGAGCCAUCGACAAGCAGGGCAGAGCCAUCACCUCCGACGACAUCAAAGCCCUGGUGGUGAAGCGCCUGGGCUAUGACACUCGAGUCACCAUCCUGGGCCACGUCCAGCGCGGGGGGACCCCUUCUGCCUUCGACCGCAUCCUGGGCAGCAGGAUGGGCGUGGAGGCAGUGAUGGCACUGCUGGAGGGCACCCCGGACACCCCUGCCUGCGUGGUCAGCCUGUCGGGGAACCAGGCUGUGCGCCUGCCGCUGAUGGAGUGUGUGCAGGUGACCAAAGACGUAACCACGGCGAUGAACGAAGGACGCUUCGAAGAUGCCCUCAAGCUGAGGGGCAGGAGCUUCCAGAACAACUGGAACGUCUACAAGCUGCUGGCACACAUCCGCCCACCCUCCACCAAGAGUGGGUACACCUUGGCUGUGCUCAACGUGGGCGCCCCAGCGGCUGGCAUGAACGCGGCCGUCAGGUCCACGGUCAGGAUCGGUCUCAUCCACGGGCACCGCAUGCUGGCAGUGCAUGACGGCUUCGAGGGGCUGGCACACGGCCAGGUGGAAGACAUCAGCUGGGAGAAGGUUGGCAGCUGGAUAGGGCUGGGAGGCUCCAAACUGGGCACAAAGAGGACUUUGCCCAAGAAACACUUUGAGGAGAUCAGCAACAACAUCAGCAAGUUUGGCAUCCAUGGUCUGGUCAUCAUCGGCGGCUUCGAGGUGAGCUGGCAGCAGGCAGAGCUUGAGGGUGAUGCCACCUUGCCCACCUCCAUGCCCUCCCUCACCUUCCCCCCCCCUCCUCAGGCCUUCACAGGCAGCCUGGAGCUGAUGGAAGGCAGGACCAAGUUCGAGGAGCUCUGCAUCCCUCUCUGCAUCAUCCCUGCCACCGUCUCCAACAACGUCCCCGGCUCCGACUUCAGCAUCGGCGCCGACACUGCCCUCAACACCAUCACCACGACCUGCGACCGCAUCAAGCAGUCUGCGGCGGGCACCAAGCGCAGAGUGUUCAUCAUCGAGACCAUGGGAGGCUUCUGCGGGUACUUGGCCACCAUGGCAGGGCUGGCAGGGGGCGCUGAUGCUGCCUACAUCUUCGAGGAGCACUUCAGCAUCCGGGACCUGCAGGCCAAUGUGGAGCACCUGACUGAGAAGAUGAAGACCACAGUGAAGAGAGGUUUGGUGCUCAGGAACGAGAGGUGCAAUGAGAACUACAGCACAGACUUCAUCUACAGCCUCUACCUGGAGGAGGGCAAAGGAAUCUUUGACUGCAGGAAGAAUGUCCUGGGCCACAUGCAGCAGGGUGGCACCCCGACCCCCUUCGACAGGAACUUUGCCACCAAGAUGGGUGCCAAGGCAGUGGCCUGGAUCACAGGGAAGAUCAAGGAGUGCUCCCGGCACGGUCGCAUCUUCGCCAACACUCCUGACUCCGCCUGCCUGCUGGGCAUGCGGAAGCGCAGCUUGGUUUUCCAGCCCAUCACCGAGCUGAAGGAGCAGACAGACUUCGAGCACCGCAUCCCCAGGGAGCAGUGGUGGUUGAAGCUCAGACCCAUCCUGAAGAUCCUGGCCAAGUACCACAUCGAGUUGGACACCUCGGAGAGGGCUCACCUGGAGCAUCUCAGCGGCAAGAGCAUGGCCCUGGAGGCCUCCCUCUGAGCGCACAGCCCCGGCAGGAUGCUCCGGCAGGAUGCUCCGGCAGGAUGCUCCGGCAGGGAUGCUCC